AAACACCAAUCACACAUUCUUCUUCUUCUACUACUACAAAAUCUCUCUCUGUUCCUCUCUCUCUCUCUCUCUCUCUCAUAUUUUCUAUCUAAAUCUGGUUGUUGUACAUGGAGCUGGAUCAGAUUCGGAGGUAUCAAAGAGUAGUAUUGGAGUCUUCACCCUUAUUAGCUCCACCUCCACAUGAUUUAGGCAAGAUGAAACAUGAAGAUCAAGAUGGCAUGAUGAUGGGGUUGGUACCGGAAAAGGACAACAAUAAGGGAGACAAGAAGUCGAAGAAGCCUAGGUUUGCUUUUCAGACAAGAAGUCAAGUGGAUAUACUAGAUGAUGGUUAUAGAUGGAGGAAAUAUGGUCAGAAGGCUGUCAAGAACAACACAUUUCCAAGAAGUUACUACCGGUGCACGCAUGAAGGUUGCAAUGUAAAAAAGCAAAUUCAGAGGCUGUGUAAAGAUGAAGGGGUGGUUGUCACAACCUAUGAAGGGAUGCACUCUCACCCCAUUCAAAAAUCCACCGACAAUUUCGACAACAUUCUAGCUCAGAUGCAAAUCUACACUUCCUUCUAACUCUCCACUACUAUUUUAAUUUAUUAUACAUAGACUAUAUGUUUUUUAUUUUUUUUUUAUGAUAAGCAAAGUUAUAUACUAAUGUUAAUCAUUUGUAAUAACCGAGAUUUGUGCAAAUUAGCUUUGUGUUUCUCCUUUA